AUGAUUAGCGGACGGCAGUACUACGAGAUCCCACCCGCUGGCGGCGGCGGGAGCGGCGGCGUCGUCAUCGGCGGCGGCGGUGGUACCCGUGGUGGUGCGGGCAACCACGCGAUGAACGGCCACGGCAGCAUUCAUCGAUUCGACCCGACAUACGUUCCCGGCUACGGCCACGGCGUGCAUGGUUACAGUCGGGGCCACAGUCACGGUGGUGGUGGCUACUACGAUCGCAACCGCGGGACGCGACUCCAGCAGUACGGCGACGACGACGACGAUAGCAGCAAUAUGAGCAUCAACCACGGCUUCAAGCCUGCCCCCGCGGCCAGGCAAUCCCUCUCGGCGCUGGACGAGAAGCGUGCCAACGAGAUCCGCCGGGGCGUCUACGCCCACGUCUUUCUCGAUGUCAAAAAUAGCAGCAAAUCAGAAGUCUCGUAA